AUGUCAGACUCAGAAAGACCGUUACCCUUUGCAUAUCAAUUCGCUGCUGGUGCCAUUGCAGGUAUUUCCGAACUUAUGGUGAUGUAUCCUCUGGAUGUAGUCAAGACGAGGAUGCAGUUGCAAGUCACUUCAAAAGUAGAGACCGCAACGACUUACAGAGGUGUCAUUGACUGUUUUGUCAAGAUCAUAAGAAAUGAAGGUUUCUCUAGAUUAUAUAAAGGUAUUACGUCGCCUAUGCUGAUGGAAGCUCCAAAGAGAGCAGUGAAGUUCGCAGCCAAUGACGAGUUCCAGAAGAUUUAUAAAAAAUUGAAUGGUGUAGAUAACGUAAAUCAGAGAGUAGCUGUAAUGAGUGGUGCUUCGGCGGGUAUCACUGAAGCGUUCCUUGUCGUGCCAUUUGAAUUGGUCAAGAUCAGAUUGCAGGAUGCCAAAUCUAAUUUCAAGGGACCUAUGGAUGUGGUUAAAAAUAUUGUUCGUAAGGAAGGUAUCUUCAGUUUUUAUAAUGGUUUUGAAUCUACCAUGUGGAGAAAUGGUGUUUGGAACGCAGGUUAUUUUGGCGUGAUUUUUCAAGUAAGAAGUCUUUUACCAAAGGCUACUAAUAAGAGUGAGAAAUCUAGAAAUGAUUUGAUAGCUGGGUUUAUUGGUGGUACUGCCGGUACGACGUUGAACACACCGUUGGACGUUGUGAAGUCGAGAAUUCAAAGUAGUACUUCAAACGUGUUGGUCACGAACAAAGCUGGUAAACAGGUAUUGAAAUAUAAUUGGGCCUUGCCUUCCUUGUUAGUAAUUUACAGAGAAGAAGGUUUAAAAGCAUUAUACAAAGGUUAUCUACCAAAGAUCCUAAGGCUUUCCACUGGUGGUGGUCUAAUGCUAGUUGUAUUCUCCAAUGUUAUGGAUUUCUUUAGGAAAGUCCAUUACAAUGAACUCUAA